CUCCGGUACACUGAGAGCAGUAAGAGGCAGUCAAGCAGCCCCCCCACUGCAUAUUAAGGCUUGCUCUUUGCCCUGCCCCACUCCUUCUUCUUAUGGGUACCGUCAACCCAUCUUUUGCAGCACCAUCUACCAGUCAGUUCCUUCUCGGAGUCGGAAUAGGCUAAACGAUGUAUCCUACAAGCUAUUGGCUGUCGCUGCCUCUAAGCUUCGUCCUACUCCUGUUUUUUUUCUAGUGAGGUCGGCUCCACCACAAUUAUAGUACUCAUAUACUGGAGAGUCUAAUACUCGCACAAGUCGCUCAAAACAGCACCACCACAAAGGGCGUGAGCCGGAAGUAAAGAUAUCGGAGAUGCCUGAAACCGCAGCUCUCUGGGCUGAGGUCCACCAGUUCGUGAAGCAUCAUCAACUCCAUGCCCACAUUAAGGCUACCGCAGCUCCUCGAGCAUGUCUUGGCCGUAGAGUAUCUGUCAUCAUCCUUGAUGAAGGCAGUUCUUGUUUUUCUAUAGCUAUGAAAAAGAAGCACCUGCCAAGGACACUAUUACUCUCAAGAAAGAGAGAGAUGCGAAGGCGCUAGCUCUAACCACAGUGGUGCGACAGUCUUGGCAUUUAUGGAAAUUUUCCUGAACUAUACACAAUCUCGUGAAGGUCCUCUUCGGAGAGAUCCAGCAUUCUCUUGGACCCCCUGUGCAUCAAAUUUAGGAUGGGGGAAACAAACAGCUCCAAAAUGAUGCUUCCCAAAAAAAAUAGCGAGGUCUUCUCCUCUGGGUGGGCUAUACUCUAAUACAUUCUUGCAUUUCCUGUACAGAAAUCAUCUGGCGAUACCACAACCGCGUGUGCGAUGUCUAGCUCCGCUUUAUCCGCCUAAUCCAGAGCAAAAUGAGCCACGUUCAAAGGAUGAUCACGGAAAUUCGUGGCCGACAAGUUUAAGGCCCAAAACACUUCAUCUCUACCUCCAGCCAUUUCUCCUCAUUUCCUUCUUAGAUUUCUGGGGAGAAUUAAUUAUAUUUCCUUCUUAAAAAAGGGAGAGAAAUGUACGCAAGCAGAAACGAAGUGUAGUGUUGCCCUCUAACGUGUCAAGCAAGUACAAGUUACACUGACAAUACCUCUUCGCCUGAAGAUAGAGCGGACAAUUCUAUUAAGGCCUAAGUUUCCCACUAACGUCACAAACAGGAGCCAGAGUUUCUGCUCAUCAAUAUCGCGCACAGCGUGUCAAGUAUUGCUGUGAAGUUCUACUCACUACGCUGUGGGUAGUUCAAUCGAAAAGUCCCAAUGUAGUAGGUAGUCCAAUCUUCCUGCAUCCAAUGAAUUGUACUACACUCACUACACUCACUACACUCACUACACUCAGCACUACACUCAGCACUACACUCAGCACUACACUCAGCACUACACUCAGCACUACACUCAGCACUACACUCAGCACUACACUCAGCACUACACUCUGUGUUCCAGUUCCGAACUCCUCGUGUAUUAUACGCUCUGAAGAUUGAUAGCUAGAUUGGACGCCACUAACACCAUCAGUGGAACAGAAUGGUCGACCUCCUGGAGUAAUCCUCGCAUUUUCGCCUAUGCACAACCACCUAUCGUGCGUGCUCUCUUCAACGAGAAAAUAAAUUAUGGCAUUAUAAUGAUAUUACUCUAAUAGGAGCGUUGUAGGUGCCGGCGGAGCUCGAUGCGCAGGAUCCACAACCUAGCCUAACCUAAACCUUGUAUACUUGAUGAAGAUAUGUAGUUGUCAUAAAAGUCACUGUGGUAUCUCUUCACGACCACAGGAAAGAAGAGCUAUAAGAUCACCAUUAGAAGUCCAUUCCUCAAAUGAGACCCCGCAUUCCUCAAUCUCACAGAGGCUCUAGAUUCACCUCUUACGCACUACGAGGUGAAUCUAGAGCUACAUGAUUAAAAAUCCAUAUCUCAUAGACGCACUUUAGACUCCAUCAGCAGUUCUAUUUCCGCGCCAGUUUCCUAGUUCUGUACUGCGUCAGCAGCCUUUAUGAGGGAGCUUUUCUUCCUAUUCUCUAAAUCAAACGAAUAGCACGAACAAAAACUACAGCGGGUCUGUGUCCUUGGUUUACUUUUAUGCAGCCUUUCUGCGUACCAUUACCACCCGCCACUCCUAAAGCUCCAGCGACAGCAGCGACAGCAGUGCAGCGAUCACAGGCUCAAAGGAUUGCUUUAUGACUAAAAAAUUCUGAUGGCGUCGGCAGUAGUUGGUGAACCCUAAACCACCCUGCACUAUCCGGUUCACCGAUAUUCGAUAUUCAAAAUAGUAGAAGUGCCCCUGCUCACCGUCGUUACCUUUGUCUCAACCAAUCAAUUGCUCCGCCCCUGUACCAUCUUCAGCUUUCGAAAAAGUGGGUGUUCUGUACUUCCAUAAGCCCAAGAAGAGACUCGAAGUAGAAUUUUACUUACUAUAAAAAACCUCUAAGAAGUCUUGCAGGGACCACGACGUCUGGCCAAACUCGCGCAUCCACAUCAGCAAAAGCACCAAACGUCGGAAGCUGUGCACUUCGCAACGACCUAAUUUUAUGGCUCACACUUAUCCAUCUUCGGAAGCAUUUCAGAGACGUUUUCAAGGGGAAAACGCUCUGAGGAUUAACUUCGAGAUGGAUUAGGGUGGGCUCUAAUAGUUGAAAGGCGUUUAAUGCAAAACGGAACUCCCAACUUCUUCGUCUUCGCCAUCAUGAUCGGGCCUGUGUCAGGAGCGGAGUCCAGGAAUUAAGCUGGUGUUAUUCACUCGGUCUACGUAGUGAGCCAGAAUCUUAGAUCUUGCAGUAGACAUUUGCAGUAAAUCUUGGAAAUGAGGAUUUAGAUCUUGCAGUAGACAUUUAACUUACCAUAACUAUUGUUCGCGUUAGGCAGUAGAAAAAUAUUGGAAAUUAGUUGUAGUACAUAUGCAAUUAUGCAAAAAGCAACAAUGACAAAGAAGAUGAAUCAGAAGGAGGAGACUGACAUAUUUCUAAUAACGCGGACUUGAUGCGGCGUCUGAUGGUGACAAGGAGCCAGUCCUUCCGACCAGUCCACACACACAUGAGUUUGUGCUUUUUUUAUGGCCAUGCUAUUUUCUCCAGCCGCUGCUAAUAGAUGAGCUACAGUGUCACAGCUCUCACUCUAUUAUGUGGAUGCUGUGCUUGCACAACUAGACUUACACCGUCCAAAGGAUUACUCCGAGAAAUUCAUUACAUAGGGCGACUCUUCAAGAAUUGUCUUACAACCAAACUACAAACUAAUUAUAGUACAAUAAUUGUUAGACUGGUCGUACUACAACAAAACUACAUACAAACUAUUCCUAAUAGUGCUAGUAGGUACAACAUCAGCUAGUAUUUGCCUAGUAGGUACCACAUCACCCAACACUGCCCUAGUUCUAACCUCACCUUCGAUGGACAACCGACCGGAAGGGCGGAAGAGCUUUCGAAUACUCCAGACGUUUGAUAAUUAAGGCUGCCGCUAAAGCAUGUCCUCAACAGGCACCAUGAGAUCCUUGGUUCUUCUUUUUCUAUAGUGAAAAAACAAGCCCCCUCCUCCAAGGGUAAAAAUAUCACUCUCAAAGUAGAGGAAGGGCAAGAUAUAUGAAUCAAAGACAACUCAGGGACAACUUAUUUUUACACGUGCAAGCAUAGUACUUCAAAAAGAGGAACUGCGGACUAUGCUAUCAAAGAGGAAAACAAGGCGCGAUGCCGCAGAUAGCUCUCCUCUCUAAGUAGUCGAAUUUACAGUAGCGGAUAGCAUGGUCCGCACCGCAGAUCGGAGAAUCGCUGGCAGAGGUCUCAUCUCCAUCACCGAAAUGGAUCUCAUAUCACUGCUUGCUGGUACUAUAAUUUCUAUUUUUAUAAAUAUGUACUUACUUAUCCUGUAUAUGGAUGAUGCUUCUUGUAUCUCUCAGACCAAAAUGGCUACAAAAUUUUAUACUAUACUUGUUUUUGAUGCGGAACCAGGCGGCUCUAAGUUGAUGGAUGAAUUUGAUGCUGAGUGAUUUUCCGGCACAACUAGGUGUUUCAUAUAGAUGCACUCUCUCAGGGUUACCAUAUCCACGCUCCUUUCUCCGAAUAUCCAUGAUUGGGCACACUAGUACUGCUACCAUGAUUGGGCACACAUACUCUUUUCUCAUCAAAACCCAGGUCUCGUUGUGGAGCGAUUAGCUCAAAAAUUAGGCUGGCUUUGGUCCGACAAGGAUGGAAAUCUGUGGAGAGCUUCGCAAAUCCAAGUCCUCGAAGUGGAAGAGUGGGAAUGGACUCUAGACUAGAUUCUAGAAGGUUGGGAGUGAACUCUAGACUAGAUUCUAGAAGGUUGGGAGUGAACUCUAGACUAGAUUCUAGAAGGUUGGGAGUGGACUCUAGACUACAUUCUAGAAGUUUGGGAGUGGACUCUAGACUAGAUUCUAGAAGUUUGGGAGUGGACUCUGGACUAGGUUCUAGAAGGCUGGGAGUGGACUCUGGACUAGAUUCUAGAAGAGUGGGAGUGGACUCUGGACUAGAUUCUAGAAGAGUGGGAGUGGACUCUGGACUAGAUUCUAGAAGAGUGGGAGUGGACUCUGGGCUAGAUUCUAGAAGUUUGGGAGUGGACUCUGGACUAGACACUAG